GUCACUGUCCGUGUAACUAUAAACACUCUCCUGCAUCCCUCCUUCCAUCCCACUGCACGUCUGCACAGUGACUUGUGUUCAUCAUGAGCACAGCUGGUCAAAUUUUUUAGUUACUGUUCUUGGAAGUUGCAGUGAUUUUGGAGUCCUAACAAGAGCUUCUAGCAUACCUAAACCAAGCAAGCAAGAACACAGACUACCUGGUGCAGGUGUAUUGAGAGCCUGGAGAGAGCAAAAUUAGGGACUGUCUGUCUGGGGCUCCGUAAGAUACCGCUUUACAUCUGCAUUACCUUUUUUAAUGAAUUCUUCCCUUUUGCCAGACCCAGUUUUGAUGCCACACUGACCUAUAAUGAGGAAAUGUUAUUUGGGAUCGCUAAUUGUCUGUCUAUUCCUGACCCACACCAAAGGACAUGAUCAGGAGGACCGUCAAGCUGGUUGUAGCACCACAUCCAAUGACUUGGUGUACAUCAUUGAUGGCUCGUCAAGUCUUGGGAUUGCGGACUUCAACACAGCCAAGCGCUGGCUCAUCAACAUCACCAGCGGCUUUGAUGUGAGCUCCCGACACACUCAGGUGGCUGUGGUCCAAUACAGCGAUACGCCACGCCUGGAGAUCCCUCUUGGGAAGCACCAGGACACUCAGACCCUUCUGAGGGACAUUGCUGCAAUCUCCUACCUUGGUGGCAAAACCCAGACAGGCCGUGCCAUUAAGUUCGCCACAGACCAUGUGUUCUCUGCGCUAAACCACACCACAAAGACCACCAGGAACCGCAUUGCUGUGGUUCUGACGGAUGGCCGGUCACAAGAUGAUGUGGUGGAUCCAGCGAUGGAGGCCAAAGCACAGAACAUUGCUCUGUUUGCUGUGGGCGUGGGAGAUGAGAUCACCAACGCUGAACUGAUGUCCAUGGCCAACAAGCCUUCUUCCACUUAUGUGCUGCAUGUAGAAGACUACACCUCCAUUGGGAAUAUAAGGGAGGUGAUGGAGCAGAAACUCUGUGAGGAGUCGGUGUGUCCUGUGAGAAUCCCUGGUACUAUCAAUGGGCAGAAGGGCUUUGACCUGAUGAGUAUGAUGGGGAUUGAGGUAGUGGCUAAAAAGGUCCAGGGAUCUCUUGUAUCAGAAGGUGCUUACCUCCUCAACCCUCGCUUGAACCUUACUCGCAGCACCAGAGAGAUCUUUCCAGAAGGCCUGCCUCCUUCAUAUGUGUUUGUGGCCACACUGCGGGUGAAGAACCCAGUCCACCGCAUGAAGUUUGACCUCUGGAGGGUGCUGUCUGAAGAAGGUGUCAGGCAAGUCGCAGUGACUUUGAAUGGCCUAGACAAGUCAGUCACCUUUACCAGUACCAGCACAAUGAAGAAAGAGCAGACUGUCAUAUUUAAUGACCGCGGCAUUAAGAGGCUCUUUGACACAGACUGGCACCAGCUGAAGUUGUUGGUGAGGCCCAAACGUGUCACCUGUUUUGUAGAUGAUGCAUAUGUGGAGGAGCAGCUCUUGGACGAAGGUGUCCCCAUCUACAUCAACGGGAGGACACAAGUGGCCAAAAAAGUCAACAUAGAAACUACUGUGCCAAUCGUCUUGCAGAAGCUUCGGCUGUACUGUGACCCUCUGCAGAGCGAGAGAGAGACAGCGUGUGAGAUCUACUCUGUGUGUCCUACUGAUCGUUCUCGUCCUGUGGAGGGCUGUGAUUGCCCCAGUGGUAAACCUGGCCCUGCAGGCCUACCUGGACCCAUGGGCUUCAGGGGAGAGAAGGGUCGAGAGGGACCUCCUGGCCCAGACGGAAAACCCGGAAAGCAGGGAGAAAGGGGUCCACCUGGCCAGCCUGGAAGAGACGGUGAGAAAGGUGAAGCAGGUCAACCAGGACAAAAAGGGGAGAGAGGAUUGGCUGGUGCCAAAGGUGAUAUGGGAAUCCAAGGGCUACCAGGACAGCCGGGCCCUCCAGGACCAACAGGCCCUGGACUCUCAAAAUGGAAUGAUUAUGGAGUAGAAGCAAGCAAGGGAAUCCAAUUCCAGCAAGGGGAAGUAGGACCCCCAGGGAACCCUGGACCACCGGGGGAGCCUGGGAUACCUGGAAAUGAUGGACUUCCAGGACAAGUUGGACUGAAGGGUGAAAAGGGGGAUGCUGGGGAGCCUGGAACCGAUGGACAGAACGGUAUUCCGGGCAUGAGAGGACUUCCGGGUGAAAUGGGGCCUGCUGGACCUCAGGGUGAACGAGGCUUGCCAGGGUCACCGGGUUCAGUGGGAACAAAAGGACCUCAGGGACCCCCAGGCCCAGUGGGACCACCCGGUCUAGAAGGUCCAGUUGGUCCAAAGGGGAACUCAGGGCCUCGAGGGCAGGACGGCGUCUCAGGUGCCCCUGGCACUAAAGGAUCACAGGGCGAACCUGGAGUUCCAGGGCCUCAAGGCAUCAUGGGUCUACCAGGUUUAAAAGGCCAUAAGGGGGAAUCAGGAGAGCCUGGUCCGAAAGGAAGUCAGGGAGAGAAAGGCAGUGAGGGAUCAUCUGGGCUCCCUGGAAAACCUGGUGAGCCAGGCCUCAGGGGGAGCAAAGAGAGGUAUGUAUUCAUUACUGAAGUACAGUCAGACACUUUCACAACAGUGUUUCCUGCUUAUUCACAAACUAGGAGGUAUUUCAGUUCCUGGCACUAUUCUGGCAUACAGAAAAGCUUGUUAGACUGUGGUUUAUCUCUCUCCUCUUGUCUCUCUCUGUCUCAGCGAGGUGUAGCUGGAGAUCCGGGAAUCAGAGGGGCUGAUGGGAAAAAGGGAGAAAUUGGUCUGAUGGGACCAGGAGGACCGCGAGGAUUUCCAGGAAACGAUGGGUUGCCAGGGCAACCAGGUAUCCCAGGUUCCCCAGGAAAACCGGGGAAGACGCCUUCAGAAGAUCACUUGAUGAAGAUUUGUGCAUCAGUGUUGCAGGAUCAACUGCCACAGCUCCUUCAGGCGAUGUCCUCCAGACGCUGCCAACAGUGUGAGACCAUUAAGGGACCCCCAGGUGAUCCAGGCCCCCCUGGACCCCAAGGCCCAACUGGAACUCAAGGCUAUCCUGGCAGACCUGGAGCUCAGGGAUACCCAGGACAACCAGGGGCGAUGGGGCCAGUGGGCCCGAAAGGUGAAAUUGGACCAAUGGGCAUGAAAGGUGCCAAAGGAGAGAGUCGCAAUGGGCUCCCAGGUCCACCUGGCCCACCAGGUUUGCAAGGUCCUCGUGGACUGGAUGGUGAAGGAUAUCAAGGGCCCCCAGGGUCUACAGGGAAACCUGGCUCACCUGGUAUCCCUGGAAAACGAGGUCCUCCGGGAGCUGCCGGUGUUUGUGACCCAUCCUCCUGUUACAUGGGUUACGGCAGCCAGCAAGGUCACUUCAACAAAGGGCCCGACUUCUAGCAAACUACCUUGAUCCACACUUCGUAUUGACUUUUAAGGGCCUCCAUGCUCCUGAGCCCAAACAGAGGCCAAACGGUCUGAGGUGACUUGUGUGUGUUGGCUUGUGUUUCGUUUGGAUUUAUUUGAUAUUAACCUCUGUAUUAGGCCCAAAUAGAGGGCUUAGAGUUUGAACGUGGCAGUUUUUACUUGAGAUUAUUUGUCAAACCUACUACUUUUGGUUGGAAGCUAGAAUAACGAUCAUGUAAUGUAGCAGCAUGCAGAUGUUUGCUUUGUGGCAGCCUUUUAAUAUAUAUGAGAAUAGAGUAAUGAGAAAAGUUAAUCUGGAAAUCAAAACUAGGACAACAAACCAUUUCUGAGUAAGAUAAGAUAGUUUCAUAUUGAGUCAACUGGACGCAACCGCACUUGUUUCAAACCCACAUUGAGGUGCUCGCUUUCGUGAAUUGCAUUUUAUUGUAAAUAGACAUAGGUGUUGCACUGCCUUUUGAAAUACUACCUCUGUAUUAGAUGCGAAGUAGUCCAACAGCUAGACUGUAACAAUAUUUUGUUAUCAAAGUGUUGGCCGAUAUCUCAGACUGCUCAGGAUAUCUCUUGGUUUAAAAAAAAAAAAAAGCUCAUUCUUUGUGUUAUGGAUCACGUCCAUGUUUUGUGUGUGUGUGUGUGUGUGUGUGUGUGGACUACUACAUUUUUUGAAUGUUUGAACAUUUAUCUCAAAAGCUUGCUUCCAUUUUUAUGGUUUUAGCACCUCUUUUGCUCAGCCCGAGUUCAAACUGCAUCAGCAACACGUUCUAUUUAUAUUCUUGUCAGAUUGAAGCCAUGAUUAUUUUAGUUUGUUUUUUUAAGAAUGUCUGCUAAUUGACUAGAUUUUCAUGUGUUUUCAUUUCCAUACUCAUUGUGUUGUUUACAUUUGAACUGAAACCAUUUAUAUGUAACAGUGAUGAAA